CCUAACAUACACACCUAAGACCGUCAAACCACUACACCCAACAGCCACAACAACAAAGGCAGACAUUACUGACGCCGUCGUCACCACUAAAUAACCUCGUCAGUGCUCAUCUUGCUGCGGGAGGAAGGAGAUGUGUCUCGGUGCCUCCUGGAGACGGUGUCCUGGCAGUGACUGUUCACCAGCACAUACAUGUUAGGUGUCCCGUGGCUGGGUUGGUAGCAUACUCGCCUUACACAUUGAGGUCCAUGACUCGAUUCCCAGUACGGGUGGAAACAUUAGGACGUGUUUCCUCAAGACAUCUGCUGUCCCUGUUCACCUAGCAGUGACCUUAAAACAAGCAGUUACUUCACUGAACAUAAUACAGCCUCUCCUCGCUUAACAACAGAGUUGCGUUUCUAAGACCACAUUGGUAAAUGAAUUCGUCGUUAAGCAAGGAGCAUACAGUGGACCCCCGCUUAACGAUCACCUCCAAAUGCGACCAAUUAUGUAAACAUUACUCUGGUAGUAAAACAGUACACAGUGGUAGCGCCCAGUGUUGUCAAACUGCUGUAAAUGAGACAACGACCAGCUUCGUCUAACUUCUGUGAAUGAGUGUAAACAGCCGGUGUCAGCCCUGAGUGUUGCACAGCCAACAACAACAUGUGAAAGAGUUCAGUGUCUUCAGUUGUUCAGGAAUGCGUGAAAGUUCAUACUGGAACAAAAAGGUUCUGACAGUGUAAAUAAUCUGACUAUGUUAUGAGUCUUCGGGUGCAUUAUAAUUGUUUUUAGAGUUGUUUUUGUAUAUAACUUUUUAAGGAAUUAAAGCAGAGAUGAGUUAUCCUGACGGUAAAUCAAGUAUGGGUUAUCCCGACAGUAGGGCAGGUAUUGGUUAUCCAGAUGGUAAAUCAAGUAUAGGUUAUCCAGAUGGUAAAUCAAGUAUUGGUUAUCCAGAUGGUAAAUCGAGUAUAGGUUAUCCGGAUGGUAAAGCAAAUAUGGGUUAUUCACAUGGUAAAGCAAGUAUGGGUUAUCCAGGUGGUAAAGCAAGUAUGGGUUAUCCAGAUGGUAAAGCAAGUAUGGGUUAUCCAGAUGGUAAAGCAAGUAUGGGUUAUCCGGAUGGUAAAUCGAGUAUGGGUUAUCCAGGUGGUAAAUCAAGUAUGGGUUAUCCGGAUGGAAAAUCAAGUACGAGUUAUCCGGACGGUAAAUCAAGUAUGAGUUACCCGGACAGUAAAUCAAGUAUGAAUUAUUCAGACGGUAAAUCAGGCAUAGGUUAUCCAGAUGGUAAAGCAAGUAUAGGUUAUCCAGACGGUAAAGCAAGUAUAGGUUAUCCAGACGGUAAAGCAAGUAUAGGUUAUCCAGACGGUAAAGCAAGUAUAGGUUAUCCAGAUGGUAAAUCAAGUAUGGAUUAUCCAGAUGGCAAAUCAAGUAUGGAUUAUCCAGAGGGUAAAUCAAGUAUGGAUUAUCCAGAGGGUAAAUCAAGCAUGGAUUAUCCAGAGGGUAAAUCAAGUAUGGAUUAUCCAGAGGGUAAAUCAAGUAUGGAUUAUCCGGAGGGUAAAUCAAGUAUGGAUUAUCCAGACGGUAAAUCAGGUAUGGGUUAUCCGGAUGGUAAAUCAGGUAUGGGUUAUCCGGAGAGUGAAACAACCAUAACAUAUCAUGAAAAUGAUCCCAAUAUAAGUUAUCUGGAGAGCAAAGUAAACAUGAAUUUCCAGGAAAGUUUAGCCAACAUGGAUUUCCAGGACAGUAGCGCAAAUGUAAGUUAUCAGGAGAGCCUAGUCAAUAUGCACUUUCAAGAAAGUACAGUAGAUGAAAGCUUUGAGGACAGUAAAGCUAAUAUCACUGUCGGCACUAAAAAAAAGCCUUACCAGUGUCCGGUGUGUUUUAAGAAGUUCUCAUUUAGCUGUCGUCUGACGAUACAUCAGAGGAUCCACACUGGGGAGAAGCCCUAUCAGUGCUCUGAGUGUCUCAAAAACUUCAAGGAUAAAUCUGCUCUGACGCAGCAUAAAAAAAUCCACACGGGGAUCAAGCCGUUUCCCUGUUCAGUGUGUCAGAAAAGUUUUAAGAGGAGAAGUCACUUGAUGACACACAUGAAAGUUCACACAGAACGGGUGACACAUAAGUGUUCAGAGUGUCCAAAGCAAUUUACAAUUAAAACUGCCCUUGAUAAACACAUGAGAAUACAUACUGGAGAAAAACCGUAUCAUUGUCCGAUAUGUUUAAAGUCCUUUAAGUUUAGCUUUAACCUUAAGACACAUCAGAGAGUUCAUACAGGGGAGAAGCCGUAUCAUUGUUCAGAGUGUCUAAAAGACUUUCAGGAUAAAUCUACCCUAAAACAACAUAAGAGAAUUCAUACAGGAGAAAAACCAUAUCAGUGUACAGUGUGUCAAAAAGAAUUUAAACAAAGAGGUCACCUUGUGACGCACAUGAGGGUUCACACAAGAGAGAAACCAUACCAGUGUUCGGUGUGUUCCAAAGAGUUUUCUGUAAACUCAUCUCUGGUUAAGCACAUGAGGCUUCACACGGGUGAGAAACCAUACCAAUGUUCUGAGUGUUGGAAGUCGUUUCCUCGACACUGCUCUCUGAUUCAACACAUGGCUCUACACUCGGGACACAAACCAUACACCUGUUCUGAGUGUCAGAAAGAUUUCUCCACCAAAUCAAAUCUAAUAGAUCACAUAAAGAUCCACACAGAAGAUAAAUCGUAUAAUUGUUCAGUAUGUUCCAAAAGUUUUUCACGACGAUUUCGCUUAGCAAAACACAUCCGUAGUCACAACAGAGAACAACCUUAUCGGUGUUCAAAAUGUCUGAGGGGUUUUUUAUACAAAACCAAUCUUGUAAAUCACAUGAGAACUCACAUACAAGAUAGGAUAGAUAGCAAUGUUCAAUGUCUUAAAGACUUCAGGAUAAUCUCGCCGUAUAAGGCAUACGAGGACUCUGCCUCCAGCAGGGAGACCUCUGACAUGAAGGAUACUGAUAAAGAAACACAGGAUCACAGUGACAAUAGUAGUUGAGCUCGACAUGUCACAUCGAAAUUCAUAAAAUAUUUACACUUACGACUGAACGACAAUGUAACAAGAUGAAUUCAGUUUCAACAAGAGUGCUGCUAAAAUGCUACCUUUAUCACCUUAAUAAAGUUAAACUUUACAUUAAAGUUCAAAAAACAAAUGAAAUCUGCCAGCAAAACAUUAAUAUUUAUAUUUGCAUGGUUAAAAAUUAUUUGCAGAAAUUUUAACAUUGAAUUUGGCUGCAAAUUUUAUGCUACAACCAUGAAUAUUUUUUUAUUUAAUAAUAACAUAAUUCAUGUAGAAUCAAGGUUCAUGUAAAAUCAAGGUUCAUAUAGAAUCAAAUCUUGAUUAUUUCAUAUAAUUGCUACAGUAGAUAUCUGUACUGCUAGGUCUCAAUUAGUGCACAUUCAAAUACUAGUGUGAAUUUCGAUGUAAUGCAAAAUUGAUUAAUUCUAGUUCUCCCCACAAUCUUCAAAUAUUGCACAAAAAUUAUAUAUACCAUAUUUUCUGGUAUAUAUAAGGUGCGCCUUUUCCCUACAAAAAGUCUUUGAAAAUCAGUCUGCGCUUUACAUGCUCAAGGUCUGGGUCAAGGGUCGGCUUUGUUAUGAUUUAGCAGUUGUUUACUAAUGUUACAACUGUUUGCAAACAUCGUCUUACAUGCUCAUGCAUAUUAUAUGCCGGAAAAUACAGUGCCUUAUUUUGUGGCAUAUAAGACGUUUUUUUUUUUUUUUUUUUAUUUAUUUUUUUUUUAAAUCUGACCCUCAAAAUUGUGCCCUACACAGUGAAGAUCAGUCUUGAGGUCAGGCUUGGGGUCAUGGUUGGGAUCAGGCUUGGGUUCACGCCUGGGGUCAGGCUUGGGAUGUACGAAUAAUUCCAUUUAACUGGCUAGAAAAUUCCCCUCGAAGUUUAUUUGUCCAACACAUUUUGUGCAAAAUUUGUGGUGCGUCUUAUAUGCUGUAAAAUACUGUAAUUCAAAUCGUGCGAAUUUGAAUAAUGCGACCAGUCCACAGGAUCCAUUAUUCACACUAAUCAAGACCUGGCUGUAUUUUAACCCUUUGGCUGUUUCGGUCAUAUAUAUACCUCUUACGAGCAAGUGUUUCUGACAUAUUUAUACUCCAAAAUUCUAGCGGUUUCAAAUUAAGCAGGAGAAAGCUGGUAGGCCCACAUGUGAGAGAAUAAGUCUGUGUGGUCAGCGUGUGCAGUAUAAAAAAAAUCCUGCAGCACGCAGUGCAUAAUGAGAAGAAGAAAUUCCGACAGUGUUGUUGGAUUAAAAUGCCGACUUUGAAGUUUAUUUUCAUAAAGUAUUUAUAAUUGUAUUAUCGUUUUCUUGGUCUCAUUUGAUAGAAUGGAAGACAUAUUACAGAAAUGGAGAUGAUUUUGAAUAGUUUCAUGAUGAAAAGGACCUUGAAAUUCAGCUCAAAGUAGUGGAAAUGUUCGAUUUUUGCUGAUGUUCAAGAGUAAAGGAAUCAUGCCACGCGUCCGAUACACAUCAACUGGUGAGUCUAAUAUUCUUUCACAAGUGCACUCAUAUUAUUUAUACCAUUUUUACAAUAAUGCAUUAGUCUACAUAACAGUAAAUCUUCCUAUUUUUUAUGUGAAUAAAAACUCAAAAUAGAAAGCAAGAGUAAUAAAAGAGGGGCCAGGAGAUGUGACUGAUGAACAGAGAAAAUGUUAUUUUAGUGCCAGGAAUGUCUGCAUUGUUUAUUCUGGACCCUAUUUUGAAAUUGGCAUCUUUUUUAAUUUGCAUGAAAAUGCCCAAAUUGCCAAUUUGUGACCACUUUAUUGGGUAGUUGAAAUUGGUAAAUGGACAGUUUCUUGUACUCAAUUGAUAGAAUAAAUGGAGUUCUAAAGAAAUAGCUUUGACCUUGGUCGACUGGAACAAUGGAAUUGGCCGAAAAUAGGGCUCAAAGUGGGCAAAAUUGCCGAUGCGUAUAUAUCGCUGAGAUUGCUAACUUUGCGAGAGCGUAAUUCUGUAAGUUUUCCAUCAAAUUUCAUACUUUUGGUGUCAUUACCAUCUGGAAAAGAUUCUCUAUCAUUUCAUAAGUUUUUUUUUUUUUUUUGGGGGGGGGGAUAUUUUGCGACACGAGACACUUCGGGAUUUCGGGGUUGCAACAGUCAAAGGGUUAAUCAAUUGCAAAAAAAAAGCACAUGUAUCAAACCAGUUGAGGUAAUUCUCGUUUGCAAAACCUAGUAGUGUGUACACACGGCGUGUUUAUAUUUAUUUAACUCUUUGUAAUGUGCGUGAAAUACAGGGUGUUUCAAAGAGAUGGACCCCGUCAUGAUAUACAUGUAUACUGUUUUGAAAUUGGGUCCAUCAGUUUGAAACGUGUAUAUUACCAGCCACAAGUCAAUCUCCGCCAUGGCUGCCAAAUUCGUUCUUGUGCAAUUCCAUAAAUAUUGCAUCGGAUUGGAGUUUGUAGCAUUACCUUUAAAAAAAAAAAAAGCUUCUCUGUUAUUUAGAAGAUAAGAUGUUUUUAUUUUUCAAAUUUCUGGACACAGAAGCGGCUUUCAAUUUGUGGAAUUUUUUUGAUAAUUUUUUUUUCUGACUUUCAUCAAAAUAUAUUCAGCAAAAAUACUCAUACUUCCGUGUGUCCUGGUUGUUGUUUGGUUAAAGGGUUGUGGUGACCUUAUAGUUGCCGUUUUUUUUUUUUCUUAACACAUCGACCGUUUCCCACCAAGGCAGGGUGACCUGAAAAAGAAAAACACUUUCAUCAUCAUUCAUUCCAUCACUAUCUUGCCAGAGAUGCACUUAUACUACAAUUAAAAAACUGCCACAUCACACCCGUCCUUCAGAGUGCAGCCACUAUACUUUCCACCUCCAGUACUCAAGUCCACCUAACCAGUUACUCUGAAUCCCUUCCUGUUACUUUGCUCACACUAAAACAGCACGUCAAAUCAUAAAACCAUUUAUCUCCACUUCCUCCUAUCUAAUAGGCUCACACACAUUUGCUGGAAGUCAAAGCCCCUCACACACAAAACAUCCUUUACCCCCUCCCUCCAACCUUUCCUAGGCCGACCCCUACCCCACCUUCCCUCCACUACUGAUUUAUACACACUCGAAGUCAUUCUGUUUCAUUCCAUCCUCUCUAAAUGUCCAGACCACCUCAACAACCCCUUCUCAGCCCUAUGGUUAAUAGUUUUUGUAAUCCCACACGUCCUCCUAAUUUCCAAACUACGAAUUCUCUGCAUUUUAUUCACACCACACAUUGCCCUCAGACGGCAUCUCCACUACCUCCAGCCUCCUCCCUCCCUCCCUCCACCGCCUCCAGCCUUCUCUUUGUUGCAACACUCAUCACCCAUACUUCACACCAAUAUAGGAUCAUUGGUACCACUGUACUCCCAUACAUUUCCCUCUUUGCUUCCAUGGAUAACAUUCUUUGUCUCCACAGAUUCCUCAGUGCUCCACUCACCUUUUUUCCCUCGUCAGUUCUAUGAAUCUCCUCAUUGGGGUAUAUUAACCUAACCCUCAAAAAGCAGCUUAGUAAUAUUGAGUGGGUAUAUUCCAUUAAAACCUGAAUGUAGUGCUUUUGUUAGAGAAGGAGGGGAAGUUUUGUGUGUGUGUGUGGCAAGUGUACUCACCUAUUUGUGGUUGCAGGAGUCGAGUCACAGUUACCGGCCCUUCCUCUUUACUGUAUGAGAGUGGGUUUGAACUAGGCAAGAGGAAAUUAAAUUUGUUAAUUUUUAACACAGCGGCUGUCACCCACCAAGGGAGGGUGACCCGAAAAAGAAGAAACACUUGAUCAUCAUUCACUCCACCACUGUAAAAUAAUAUUUCUAAGGACAUUAUUUAUAGUAUUUGUUAGGUUAUUAUUCAUAUAUUUAUAUGUCCUAAGGUAGUAGGUUGGUAGACAGCAACCACCCCGUUAGGUACUACCAUCCUGUGGUAAUAGGUUGGUAGACAGCAACUUACCAGGUAGGUACUACCAUCCUGUGGUAGUAGGGUGGUAAACAGCAACCACCCAGGUAGGUACUACCAUUCUGUGGUAGUAGGUUGGUAGACACCAACCACCCAGGGAGGUACUACCAUCCUGUGGUAGUAGGUUGGUAGAUAGCAACCACCUAGGUAGGUACUACCAUCCUGUGGUAGGAGGUUGAUAGACAGCAACCACCCAGGUAGGUACUACCAUCCUGUGGUAGUUGGUUGGUAGAUAGCAACCACCCACAGAUGUACUACCAUCCUGUGGUAGUACUACCAUCCUGUGGUAGUACUACUGUCCUGUGGUAGUACUACUGUCCUGUGGUAGUACUACUGUCCUGUGGUAGUACUACUGUCCUGUGGUAGUAGACUGAUAGACAGCAACCACCCAGGGAGGUACUACCAUCCUAUGGUAGUUGGUUGGUAGACAGUAACCACCCAGGGAAGUACUACUGUCCUGUGGUAGUAGACUGGUAGACAGCAACCACCCAGGGAGGUACUACCAUAUUGUGGUAGUUGGUUGGUAGACAGCAACCACCCAGGGAGAUACUACUGUCCUGUGGUAGUAGGUUGGUAGACAGCAACCACCUAGGGAGGUACUACCAUCCUGUGGUAGUUGGUUGGUAGAUAGUAACCACCCAGGGAGGUACUACUGUCCUGUGGUAGUAGGUUGGUAGACAGUAACUGCCCAGAGAGGUACUAUGGUCCUGCCAGAUGAGUGUAAAAUGGAAACCUGUAAUUGUUUUACAUGAUGGUAGGAUUGCUGGUGUCUUUUAUCUGUCUCAUAAACAGGCAAGAUUUUAGGUAUGUCUUGCUACUUCUAUUUACACUUAGGUCACACUACGCAUACAUGUACAAGCAUAUACAGUGGACCCUAGGAUAACGACAUUAAUCCAUUCCAGAGAGCUUGUCUUUAACCGAUUUUUUCGUUAUCCGAAUUAAUUUUCCCCGUAAGAAAUAAUGGAAAUCCAAUUAAUCCGUUCCAGACACCCAAAAGUAUUAAACAAAAUAAUAUUUUACAUGAAAUAUACAUUUCCCUACACAGAAAACAAUGAGAUAUGCAGAAUAAACAAUACUGAAAUGACACUUACCUUUAUUGAGGACUUAAUGAUGAGUGAUGAGAUAGGAGGAGGGCAGAGGAUGGAGGAGUUUACAAUUGUUUGGAAGGGUUACCACCCUUCUUUGUUUUUAAUGCCACUAGGACCAGCUUGAAAGUCACUGGACCCCUGUCGCACCAAAAAUCUGCCCAGAGAGCUCUGCUUCUGGUGUCUCUUUAAGAUUUCCCUAAAAUGGGACACAAUAUUGUCAUUGUACAUGUUGCCAAUACGGCCUGCAACAGCUGUGUCAGGGUAAUGUUCAUCCAUAAAUGCUUGCACCUUUGUCCACAUUGUACAAAUGUCCUUAAUCUUUGACAAAGGAAACUUCUUCCAUCUCUCUUCCUCCUCCUCUGAAGGAAAUUCCUGAGCUGUGGUCUGUUGCUGUUGCACCUCAAGCUCUUGCAGCUCUGUAGUGGUUAUCUCUUCAUUGUCGUCCUCCACCAACUCUUCCACAUCCUCAUCACUAGCCUCCAACCCCAUGGACUUCCCCAAUGCCACAAUAGAUUCCACAACUGGCAUAGGCUCCUCAGGGUUAGUCCCAAACCCUUCAAAAUCCCUCUCUUGUACACAUUCUGGCCACAGUUUUCUCCAAGCAGAGCUCCAAGUCCUGCAAGUCACUCCCUCCCAAGCUUUACCUAUAAGGUUUAUGCAACUGAGGAUAUUGAAGUGAUCUUUCCAGAACUCUCUUAGGGUCAAUUCAGUGUCUGAGGUCACUUAAAAGCACUUUUGAAACACUGCUUUGGUGUACAGUUUUUUGAAGUUUGAAAUGACCUGCUGGUCCAUGGGCUGGAGGAGAGUUGUGUUAGGAGGCAAAAACUUGACUUUGAUAAAACUAAACUCCCCCACAAUUCGCUCUUCCAAGUCUUGAAGCUGAGCAGGAGCAUUGUCCAUUAACAGGAGGCACUGGAGUGGCAAUUUAUUUUCCAGGAGGUAUUUUUUUUCACACUGGGGCCAAACACGUCAUAGAACCAAUCAAGGAAACUACCCCUGGUUACCCAUGCCUUACUGUUUGCUCUCCACAUCACACACAAUUUAGUCUUGACGACACUGUUUUUCUUGAACACUCAGGGAGUUUCAGAGUGAUACACGAAUAAAGGCUUCACUUUGCAAUCCCCACUAGCAUUACUACAAACCAUGAGAGCUAGCCUGUCUAUCAUAGGCUUGUGUCCUGGGAGUGCCUUUUCCUCCUGAGUAAUGUAGGUCCUGUUUGGCAUUUUCUUCCAAAACAGGCCUGUUUCAUCACAAUUGAACACUUGUUGGGGUUUUAAUUUUUCAGCCUUUAUGUACCCCUUAAAGUCCUGCACAUAUUUUUCAGCCGCUUUUUUGUCAGAACUGGCAGCUUCACCAUGCCUCAUCACACUGUGUAUGCCACUACAAUUCUUAAAUCUCAAACCAGCCUUUGCUGGCCUUAAAUUCAUCAAUAUGAGCACUAUUUGGAGGCAUUUUCUUAAUGAGAUUCGCAUGCCUUUCACAUAUUAUUGACUGAGAAACACUAUCUCCUAAUACUGUAAUUGUUUCUUGUUGAUCCACACCAACAACAGUCUCUCCACAUCUUCGAGUAUUUGCGAUCUCUGUUUUGUAAGCACACUUGCACCUUUCGCAACAACAGCUUCUUUGAUUGCCUUUUUGUUGGCCAAGAUAGUAGUGAUGGUUGAAUGGGGUUUGUUAUAUAACCUGGCCAACUUGGAGACACGCACUCCACUUUUGUAUUUUGCGAUGAUCUCUUUCUUCAUUUCAAUAGUAUUUCUCACCCUCUUUACCACAGGGCUGGCACUAGAAGCUUUCUUUGGGCCCAUGGUGGCUUAUUUAACAGUUACAAGCACUGAAAACAAUGGAAUAAUACAAAAUAUGUCGCAUGUACAUGUGGAAUCAUCCUCACUGGCUUGUAAACAAUGGCACACUGGCUGUACAUGGAGUAGCAGGGUGGCUCAGACCGUGCGGACACGGAUGAGUGUCUUCAACCGAGUUCUUUUUCGGUAACCGAGCCAAUAUUUUGACGCAAAAAUGUGUCGCUAUCUGAUUUUUUUGUUAUCCAAUGACAUCGUUACCCAAGGGUCCACUGUAUAUACACACCCCUCUGGGUUUUCUUCUAUUUUCUUACUAGUUCUUGUUUAAUUCCUCUUAUCUCCAUGGGGAAGUGGAACAGAAUUCUUCCUGCGUAAGCCUUGUGUCUUAAGAGGCAACUAAAAUGCCACUAGAAUGUAUAUAUUACUAAAUUUAAAAGGAGAAACUAUCGUUUUUCCUUUUGGGCCACCCUGCCUCUGUGGGAUAUGUCCAGUUUGUUGAAAGAUGAAGGCAGGAUAAGGGGUCAUCCUAGGAAUGGCUGGAGGGUUUUUGUGUGUGAGGGGCUUGAACUUCCAACAAGUGUGCAUGAGUGUGUUAGAAGUGACGUGGUUUUUAUGACGACAUAUUGUUGGAGUAUGACCAAAGUAACAUGAAGGGAUUCAGGGAAACCAGUUAGCCGGACUCGAGUCCUGGAGGUGGGAAGUACAGUGCUUGCACUCUGAAGGAGGGGUGGAGAUAUGUUACAGUUUUUGAACUGUAGUAUCAGCACUUCUCUGGCAAGACAGGGAUGGAGUGAGUGAUGAUGACGAAAGAAUGUCUUCUUUUUCGGGUCACCUGCUUUGCUCAGACUGACUUUUGUCUGGUAAUAUACAGUGUACAUGUAUAAUAAGUGUGUUACAGCAUGAGAAUUGUCUUCAAGAAUGUGCUGUACAUUGCAUUCACAGAAACAGGGAUAGAUAAUGAUUAUGGUAAUAACCUAUUUCCCCAUUUUUAUGGGUUUGGGCAUCUUAGUGCCCCAUCAUCAGGGGGCAGUGUACUACGCUCACCUAUAAUAAUAAUGUUUAUUUCUACAAGUACAUGAUACAACUUGUAUAGACCAUAGCUGACAUCACUGACAUGCUAUAUAGAAAGUCCCUGGCUAUACAGACCAUAGCUGACAUUAAUGACAUACUCUACAGAAAGUUCCUGGUUAUGCAGAGCAUUUCCAGCGAUUUAGGUUAAUUUUGUCCCCAGGAUGCCACCCACACCAGUCCACUAACACCCAGGUACCUACUUACUGCUAGGUGAACAGGGACAACAGAUGUCUUAAGGAAACACAUCCCAGUGUUUUCAUCCAUACCAAGGAUUGAACCACAGACCUCAGUGUGUGAGGCGAGUGCGCUACCAACCCAGCCAUGGGACACUUUCACUCUGACUCAUCUCACAUAAUAAGAGAAUUCUCUGCUUCCCUGUUUCUAUUUCACAAUUCUUCAUUCUAAUAAUUAUCCUGUGUGUGUGUGUGUUCCCUUAUUCAUUUCAUCUCCCUUCUUUAAUAUAUAAUGAAAUGGUUAUAAUUAUGUAUUACUAUAAUUUUUAAAGGGGUGGAGUGGUUAGCCAGUAGAAAGCCUCAGUCAGACGACCAAUAACUCCAGCUGUGGGUCAUCAUCUGACUAAGACCCACGUCAGGAAGCACUUGUCAUGUCUCCUGACAAAUCUUACCUAAAUUAUCCUAACCUAACCUUUCCUUAGCUUACCCAACAUUACCUUACCUUACCUUACCUUACCUUACCUUACCUUACCUUUACCUUUACCUUUACCUUUACCUUACCUUACCUUUAAGAAAUACAUAGAGAAAUAAUUUAGAAAGUUACUGAUGGAGUAUGGAGUAUGGUUUAAAUAAGUGACCCACUGAUCAGAUCAGAUAGACUGGUCCGAACCCUUGACUGGUCCGAACCCUUGACUGGUCCGAACCCUUGACUGGUCCGAACCCUGGACUGGUUUCAAACGGUUUCGUUGUGCACCACCUAGCAGGUUAUUAAUAGAAUAUUCAAGAGGUUGCUAGUAGAAUUGCAGUAAAUCAACCAUUCAAAUCAUUAUGAAGCUGUGUGUAGUCUGUGGUCAGUCAAACAAACGGGCUUCCACAUGCAUAAAUUGUCAUUUCUGUGGAAAUUGGUGUCACGCCCCUUGUGCAGAUAUCCAAGAACUAGCUACAAGCAGUAUUAAAACAGGGAAGUGUUUUUGGGUAUGCCCAAAUGAGAUAAAUCUGUGGACUAAAAUCACAAGGGUAUUAAAAGAGGUCAACAUCAAAGCUGCUUUCAUAGAAAACCUGGAAGCUUUCUACAACAGAUGGGAACAUAAAAAGUCCGGGCUGAAUGGUACUGCCCUUGAUACUGGCCAUGUAGUCAGAAACUGUAAGGCUGGAGAUGAUGUCCUGGUAGUCAGUAAAUGGGGGGCUGAUAGUGCUGUCCUGGGAGACAGUAAUGGGGAAGCUGGAGGUGCUGUCCUGGGAGACAGUAAUGGUGAAGCUGGAGGUGCUGUCCUGGGAGACAGUAAUGGUGAAGCUGGAGAUGCUGUCCUGGGAGACAGUAAUGGGGAAGCUGGAGAUGCUGUCCUGGGAGACAGUAAAUGGUGAAGCUGGAGAUUUUGUCCAGGUAGUCGGGAAUUAUACGCAGGAAGGAAUACAUAUGAAUGACCUCAUAGGGGACAGGAGCCAUAGUAGGGAAACAAGUGUAGUCAAAGAUAAGAUAAAACCAAUAUUGCAAACUAGAAAUACCGCAGGAAAUAGCAAACAAGAGGACUCCACUAGCAAUAGUGAGGAUAUAUUACCAAAAACAAAGGGUGGGAGCUCCAUUGUUGGUGCUAGGGAGGAUAGAAGUAAGACAGGGAAACAUGCACCAACAGGGAAUACAGUCACAGAAACCCAAGGCAAACGGAAACCAAGCCUGUGCACAUACUAUGCACUCGGUAUCUGCUGGCAUGGGAAAUCUGGAAAAAACAGAUGGGACGUGCAACUAUGACCACCCUAGGAAAUGCCAUGCCCAUAUGACAACAGGAAAAUGCAAACUCCCUUCCUGUAAGCUUUUUCACCCUGAACUGUGUACCUCUUCAGUACAGGAAAGACUGUGCUAUAAUUUAAAUUGCCAGGCAUACCAUCUAAAGGGGACAAAAAGAUACAAAACA